GUUACAUGCCCUGCAACUGUCGUGACGUCGUGGAAAGGCCGUGAACGCUCAAGGAGCAUGCAGGACGACGACCGGCACGAGCAGAGCCGCGUCGGCUUUUUCUAUCCGACCAACAGCAGCGGAAGCACCUCCAAGCUGCAGAUCCGGUCCCGGCCCAAGCCGGCGCCGUCCAGCAACCAAGUCGCGCGCGCGCAACACGUCCUCGCACAGGCGACCACGUUUUUCGAGACGGCCAACUCGGAGAUUUACGCAGUGGACGUGGCCAUGCGCAACGUGCGUGCUGCCAUGGAUUCCUUCCAACUGGUUAUGGAAAAACAGCUCUAUCUCUGCAACGACUAUGACGGGUUUCGUGUCUCGCGGCUCAAGGCCGACAUGAUCGACACGCUCGACAACAUCAAAAGUGCGAGCACGUCGAUGGAACAAACCUCGCUUCGGCUGCAAAAAUCGGUUGGCGUCGGGCGCAAGUACAUUCUAUCGCACACCGCGGCGCUCGGGCGGCCAAAAAAAGGAGCCACCGAGACGCUCAGCGUGCUCGACCUCACACCCACCAACACGGUCGCGUCGCUCUACGACGUGCUCUUUCCGCCCCAAGUCGUGCCGAUCGUCCCCCCCGAGAACCUCGCUUUUGUGCUCGACAAACUGGCGUUCCGGGGCAAGGCGGUGCUCGAAAAGAAGGAACUGCUGCUCUUCUACCGCGAGCUGUGCAAUUGGAGCCUCGCCAACAACGGCGUCAUCUCGGCGCUGGACCGCGCCCACCAGAAAAAACACACCACAAGGUACGCGACGAUCCUCACGGCGGCGUCGUGGGAGGCGUUUGAAGCGCGCGACGGCGAAGUCCACGAGCUCAGUCAUGUGCCGCGGACCGAAAUUGAAGCCUUUGUGACGUCGAGUGCCUUCCCGACGCUUGUCAAGAGCGUGAGUGAGAAACUGGGGACGCCGUCGCCGCUCAAGUCUGCGUCCAAAGAGACGACCUCGUCGGGGCAACUGAGCGCGGCCGAGCAAACGCUCUCGAUGGCCAAGAUGCUGCACGACCUCGCGACCGCCGAGUCGGAGGCCAAGGCCGGGUACCGGCUCUCCGUGCGGUCGAACGCAGCCCGUUCCAAGGAGUUCUCCAAAGCCUUUCUAUCGGCCUCGAAGGAACUCAUGGAGAAGGAGACGGCGUUUUUCUAGCCGCCGAACCUCGCGUUCUACUCGUACCUUAAGCUUCGUAGGCAUGAAUGUAAUCGACCUGAUUGUUUG